AUGCGGUGGUUGCCAUUUCUCUGCCUCGCCGUUGCUGCCGCUGGCAGCAUGCUACAGCAAGCUCGUGCCCAGGCUGACAGGAAAGGUUUUGUAAACAUAGACUGCGGCCACCCAGGGGAGACGUACGUAGAAACCGACACCAUAGCCAAGCUGCAGUUCGCCCCGGAUGCCGGUUUCAUAGACAGCGGCUCGAACCAUGACAUCUCCGUCGAGUACAUGAGCAGCCGGGCUCCCAAGUUUAUGCAGAACGUGCGCAGCUUCCCCGAUGGUAAGCGCAACUGCUACAAGAUUCGGUCCCUGGUGCGCGGGCUCAAGUACAUCAUCCGAGCGUGGUUCUUGUACGGCAACUACGACGGCCUUAACACAUCGCCCAUGUUUGACCUCUACAUCGGCGCAAACUUUUGGACGACGGUGAACAUGUCAGGGGGGCCAUCGGACACUUAUUUAACUGUAGAGGCCAUGGUGGUCGUGCCGGACGACUACGUGCAUGUCUGCCUGGUGAACACCGGCGAUGGGACGCCGUUCAUCUCGGCCCUGGAGCUGAGGCCGCUUAAGAGCAUGCUCUAUCCACAGGUGAGCCCGAAGCAGGGCCUGAACCUGCACCGCAGGUUAGACCUCGGCACGGGGAGUAAAACGCGCGUAAUAAGGUACCCUGAUGACCCACAUGACCGAAUAUGGAGACCAGUGGAUACCACCGCAGAAUACCCCAGCAUCACAACGUUUAGAAGGGUGCAGAACCCAAACGAUGACCUUUUCCAGGUGCCGACGGAGGUGAUGGAGACAGCGAUGACUGCCCGGAACGCCUCCGCGCUCAUAGAGAUCACCAUGCACCCUCAGCCUCAGCGCAACAACCCGUCGCCCGGGUACAUUGCUGUCCUGCAUAUCGCGGAGCUAGGCAUUCUCAGAGGCAACGCCGUGCGCCAGUUCUACGUCAACGUCAACGGCAAGCGAUGGUACCCAGAUGCUCUCACACCGAAAUACCUCUCCAGUGGUGCCAUCUACGGUGCCAUUGUUCCCGAUCAACAAGGCACCAUCACCAUUUCCAUCGAAGCCACUGCCGGCUCGACACUGCCGCCGAUUGUCAAUGCUUUCGAGAGUUUCUCCGUCAUGCUCACCACUAAAGUCGACACCGAGUCCGAGGAGGGUACGCCCUCGCCCACUCCCACCACUAACGCCGGGUCCAAGGAUGGUAACUUCGGCUCCAACAAGUCCGAGGAUGACGUUUGCAUCGGUGGCAGUUCAUGCAAGAAGAGUAAUAAGCUUGUCCUCUACAUAGCCGUCCCUAUAGCCGGGCUUGUGGUGAUAGGAUCGGCGGCACUACUAAUCUUUUGCUUGCUAAGACGGAAGAAGCAAGGAUCAAGAUGAACAACUCUGUAAAACUGCAAAGUCAAAUGAGCAGCACUACGGUUGGGACGAGAAGGAUUUCAAGAGGAUUCCAACAAUGACCGCCUGUCCUAGCUACUGUACGACGAACACUUAUUCGUUCCAAGUGAUACUGUCAUUUCUUCGCCUUUGUACUGAUGUGUGUUGUUGAGUAUUUCAAGUAUUAUAAGUUUUCUAAGGAAAUACGUACCUCUCCUCCAACCAGGUUAUUGAAGAAUUUUAAGUGCAA